AUGCCUGUUGCUAUUUCUGAAAAGCACAUUGUGCGAAAACUCACAGUCAACUUGGAUCAAAAUCAAAUCAAUGUACGACCCAUCAUCAAAGGUGCCAUAAACGAAGCAUCCCAUACUUUGACAGACGCCUUUGUAUCCAACAAAUCUCUCGAAUGGUCUGCUCGCAACUUGGAUCAGAUGAAAAGAGACGAUUUCCUCAAAAACCUCUUCAAAGACAUGGUCAAUGCUGCCUCUCUACAGAGCCGAGAUUUUGCAGUGCAAGUAGAUGGCUGUAAGGGUGUCUUGAUCUGGUCAAACAGAUCCCAACCCUUCUCUUGGCCGCAAACCAUCAACACAUUCAAAUACGCUCGCCUACUAGGCUGGAGAGCUGCCCUCAAGACCCUCCUCAAGCUCCAGAACGCUGCAUCUGCUGAUAAAGUGCGUCGUAAAGUCAUGGCACAUCACCCCAAGCACAUCAUUAUUGGAUUUAUCGGCAUCUUGCCACAAGAGCAAAACAAGGGACUCGGCACCGCUUUGGUGGAAUACGUCUUGGACAAGGCAGAUGAAUCGCAUUAUCCCGUGUAUGUGGAGGCUACCGAUUAUCAAACUGUCAAGUUCUUUGAACGAUUUGGCUUUGUAUCUCAAGGUCAAAUUGUACUUAGCAAAGAUCAAAUGUCUACUUUGACUCCCAUGGUGCGAUUACCAGUUGCCCUGGACGAGCCUAAAUCAUUGCAAGUUCGUCCUGGCCGUAGAGAUUCGGAUAAAUCCUGCUAA